AUGGCUUGGUUCUCGCAUUACACGUCUCCCCGUUUCAUCUUUCGGAAGUAUGCUACUGGGCAAGACAGAGAUCUGUCUCAGUCUUUCGACGAGCAAGAGAAGCCCCUCAUGGGCGAAGAGGGCGGUGUGGCCGUCCAUUUCGGCGCGAAUAAUACUUCAAAAAGGGUCUCGAAAAUGCUUACCUCGUACCUAAGCAUCAUCGCAAGGCUCACCAUCUUGAGUUUGUUCCUGGCCACUCUGGGUAUCAGCAUCACGCGCCUCCUCGAGUUGAAUUGGGAUCCGCCACCCCCAGCAACGAGAUCUAAACCAGCAUUUAUAUCCAAGCCGGCAACUACAUCUAAACCAGAAAUUACAUCUGAAUAUAGAAUCAUGGUAAAGCCAUGCGGAAGCACCCCGGGAGAAGCGACAGCGCGCGGUUGCCACUUCGACGUGAUCUCGUUCUGCUGGCUGCCGGAUGAGUGCUACGACGCCGAGCUGUCGCAAGAGUUCGACAACGAGAAUCAGCUGGAGUGGUUCCUUGACCCGAACCGCACGGAGCCUCUGAGCCAUGACGAGAUCAUGACGGGUAAAUAUACAGGCUUGUACGUCAAUUGGGAGUACCACGUACGGCACUGCACGGCUAUGUGGAAGAAAAUGCAUCGGGCUAUCAUGGGAGACCUGGGAAACCGCGCGAUCGACGGCUACAUAGGCAGUUACGAGCAUACGGAGCACUGUGAGCAGAUGUUGAUUGGCGGUCGUGACGUCGCGUUUGACACCAUCAACACCCGCAUUCGGGUGAAGUAUCCGGAUUGUGGCAUCUAA